UGGGGGCAAAAAGGCAGGCAGGAACGAGAGACAUCCAGGACGAUUGACAGUGACGUGACAGGAGACACACACCGCUUAAAUACAUUAGGGAGAUGCAGGUGAUUGGACACAAGUGGAAACAAUCAGACAAUCACAGAUGAUGACAGGACAAGGAAGGAAGUGAAGUUACCCAUGGAGACAAGAAGUAGAAAACUACAACAUAAGACCGGAAAUAAAACCACACCGUGACAGGAGAAGCUGAAGCUGUAGAGAAGCUGAACGUGUGGGUGGCUCGGAGGAGAGCCUGAAGGUGGUGUUUGAGUGCGCGCAGCAGUUCUGCGAGCCCAUGCCUGUGUAUCAGCAGCUGGCUGACAUCUACGCAAAGUCCAAAAAGACCAAGGUACCAUCGACUGGGUGUAUUUGUCUGGACAGAUGCGGUGACCCUGUGUUCUGUAGACGGUUUCGUGCGUUUGUCACGUUUGUCCAGGAGGCCGAGGGCCUGUACAAGACGAUGGUGAAGCGUUUCCGUCAGAAUAAGGCCGUGCGGCUGAGCUACGGGACCUUCCUGCUGCAGCAGGGCCAGAGCGACGGCGCCACUGUUCUCCUGCAGAGGGCGCUGAAGAGUCUGCCCGCCAAAGAGAGGCGCUGUUUGAUCGUGUGAUCUGAGUGUCUCAGUGAAAAAGAUCGAGUUCUUCUUCAAGCGCUAUCUGGAGUACGAGAAGAAGCACGGCACCCCGCAGACCAUCCAGGCAGUCAAGGAGAAGGCCGUGGAGUUUGUGGAAGCGGGAGGCAACGAGGCUGCCAACGGAUGACCAAAUACACACUAUGAUUCACACAUUGAGUGUGCGCGCGGCCUACAGGUUGCUGAACCCGGUCUGAGUCACGCACCUGUUUGCAAACAAGCCUGUGGCUCCAGAUUAAAGGUUCCUUCUCAAAAUGAUCCUUAUAAUUAAGUCAUUUUUACGGUAAGUGAGUUGGAACAAUCUGCGAUUUGACAUUUCCUCAUAGUAUGUCUUUUAUGAGAAAAAAAGCUUUGCAGAUGAUCAUUCAUGUAGUAACAUUUUUUAAUAAAACAUUUGUGGGAGCAUGAUCUAAUAACCUGUCUGGCCUGUCAAUAAAUGCAACUCCAUUACAA